UUUAUUGUCGCUAAUUUCACGCUGGUCCCUCGUGUUGACACAGAAGAGAAGAUCGAGGAGAAACAAUUUAACCGCGCUACAGAAACCCGACUUCAGGCCACGAUCCAGCGGAAAAUGGACAUGAAGAAGAGAGUCUCCUUAGAACUGAGGCACCGGUCGCCGACAGAGGUCACAGAGCUGGUUCUGGACAACUGUCGCUCCAGUGAGGGAAAGAUCGAAGGCAUCACAGAAGAGUUCUCCAACCUGGAGCUGCUGAGUCUCAUCAACGUCGGCCUGACCAGCGUAGCAGACGUCCCCAAACUGGACAAACUCAAAAAGUUGGAGCUGAGUGACAACAGGAUAUCAGGGGGUCUAGAGGUCCUGGCAGAGCGGCUGGUGAAUCUAACGCACCUUAACCUCAGCGGCAACAAGUUCAAAGACAUCAGCACACUGGAGCCGCUGAAAAAGUUGCCCCAGCUGAAGAGCCUGGACCUGUUUAACUGCGAGGUGACCAACCUGGCCGACUACAGGGAGUCCAUCUUCAAGCUCCUGCCCCAGCUCACCUACCUGGAUGGCUACGACAUCGACGACUGCGAGGCGUCCGACUCAGAUGGAGAAGGUGACGGAGUGGAGGAUGAAGAAGAGGGUGAAUCCGAGGACUUUGAGGAGGAAGAAGACGAAGAUGAGGAGGACGUAGUGGCAGAAGACGAUGACGAUGAUGACAGCGGGGAUGACGAGGAUGGAGAAGUGAAUGGAGAUGUGGACAGUGAGGAAGAUGAAGAGGACGAUGAUGAGGAAGAUGAUGAGGACACGUCUCCAACCAAAGGAGAAAAGAGGAAGAGGGAAGAUGAGGAUGAGGAUGAUGAUGAUGAAUGAGGACCUACUUAGACCCUGUCAACCCCCCUGACCCCUGCACCCCGCCCUCUCCCCAUCGGCACCUGUGGGCUGCGUCCCAUUUCUGACACUGGUCUCUCCCUCUGCUGAUUUGUCUGCUCCCUCUGACAAAACACCUUCUGUUGUUUUUGUUUUUUGUAAACAUUUCCCCCCUCUGAUUUACACAAGUUUUGUCCCAGUCCUCAGCUGUGUUGACUGUUAAUUGGGUCUAUGAACCAUUGGAAAGCUGUGAAAAUACCACAGAUUUGACCAAAGGCAUCAACAAUCUGUGAAACAACCUAUGACAAGCAUAACUUACACUUUAGCAGCUGAAGCCAGAGGCUGUUAGUUAUUUCUAACUGUUGAUUACAUGAACUGAGGAUCCAGUCUGGGAACAGAUGACCUUCCAGACUGGAACCUGAGCCCUCAGAGCUAAUGUGAGGACAUGAGCCAGCCCAGCGUGGCUCAAAGCCGGUUAACUUCACCCUGCUAAACGUGCUCUAUUGGAAACGUGGGUUUGUCCAAUUUACAAACCCUCAUCAGUCAUGAGAAGCUCAGGGUUCCGUGUGACAGGAUGCUGUUUCUGAACUGAACUGUUUGAUCAAAACAUAAGCAAGAAAAGUUUGCAGUUUGUCAUGUUUUUUUCUGCUGAAAAUUGAGUAAAACACCAUUUAACAAACAAACAAGUGUAAAUGAGAACAACAAAAUGUUGGUGUAUUGCUUUUCCGUCGUGUCUCUGGGGCUGAGCAGCAGCUCUGUCGGCCCGGACCCCCUCCGUGACCCCUCCUCGUCCCGUUCCCCGAGGCCGAGCGCUCAGGGUAAACCGUGUUCUCUCUUUUUUUUGCCAACAGAGCUUUUUAAGAGAAAUAUUUUUUCAAAGAAAUGGUUUUUGUUUAUUGUUGUGUGGCUGUUUGGGGACUCUGUCUCUCUGUCUCUGCCUCUUUUCAUUUCCUUGAUGAGAGAUCGGUUGUUCCUUUACACUUACACUGACUGGUAGUUAAUUUUUUUUUUACUUUCUGUAAGUUAAAGGCAAAACAUAAAAAGGACGUUGUAAAUAAAAUCUUAACAUUUUC